AUGAAUGAGGAAGAUGAAGAUAAUGAUGAUGAUGAUGUCGAAGAUGCAGAUGAUGAGCAUGAUGAUAAUGAUGAUGACAAUGACAACGAUGAUGAUUUGGGUAAUGUAGGAGUCCAAGGAGCUGAUCCGGCUUAUGACAGUGAUCCAAUAUUGAUCGGUCCUGAUUAUGAUACCUUUCCUCAAAGAUCUCCACUUAGAAAGUUGCCCUCUGACAGUGAUGACACGAAGGAAGCAUCACACCAAGCUCAACAGAUUUCAAAUGAACAUCCCGAAGAUAUGUCUCGUGCAAUUGUACCGCAUAUUCUACCCAUGGACGAGACUCCAAUCAAACGUGAAGAAGCAACUUAG